AUGCGAGAUCUGAGCGCUUCCAUUCUCCCUGGCAUUUGCAUCUUAAGUUCCCCCUUGCGCAGCAAGGGUGCUGUCACUGAGGUGCUGAUCGACUGGAUCCGCGAGGCUCGUCUCCAGCUCAGGAAGAGCUUCGGCUCUGACUUUCCUGUUCUGCGUCUGCACUCGGACAGAGGCGGAGAGUUCUCCUCUCGCCUUCUGCGAGACUACUGUCGUGCACGGGGGAUCCGCCAGACCUUCACGCUUCCGGACUCACCACAGCAAAAUGGGAUUGCUGAGCGCCGCAUUGGCAUGGUCAUGGAUGUCGCUCGUACGUCCAUGAUGCAUGCGGCUGCCCCCCAUUUUCUGUGGCCGUUUGCGGUGAGGUACGCGGCGCAUCAGCUCAACCUUCACCCGCGGGUCUCUAGGCCUGCGAUGUCCCCAGCCUUGCUGUGGACGGGGAAGGUUGGCGAUGCGUCUGUGUUUCGUGUCUGGGGAUCUCGGGCGUUUGUCCGCGACUUGUCUGCGGACAAGCUGUCCCCUCGUGCUGCUCCCUGUGUCUUCCUUGGCUUCCCCACUGACGCCCCAGGGUGGCAGUUCUACCACCCCUCCUCUCGUCGUGUUCUGUCCUCCCAGGACGUCACGUUCGACGAGUCGGUCCCCUUCUACCGUCUCUUCCCCUACCGCACUCCUUCCCUCCCCCCUCCCCCGGACUUCCUUGUGCCGGUUCCCCCCCCGGUAGACCCCCUUCCCCCUCAGGUUCCUGCUCCCUCAGGUGUGUCCCAGGUAGACGCCGUUGACCCGGUCGAGGUUACUGGUGACUCUGGUGCUGCUGCGGGUGCUGAGCCUGGGGGUGCUGACUCUGGGGGUGCUGCCCGCGGGGGUGCUGAGCCUGGAGGAGCUGCUGCUGGGGGUCCUGAGCCUGGGGGUGCUAGUGCGGAGGGUGCGGAGCCUAGGAGUGCUGCGCCGGGGGGUGCUGUCACUAGAGGUGCUGGGUCAGGGGGUGCUGAGUCGGGAGCUGCUGAGCCUGGGGGUGCUGAGUUGGGAGCUGCUGCGCCUGGGGGUGCUGUGUCUGGAGCUGCUGAGCCUGGGGGUGCUGCGUCUGGAGCUACUUCGCCUGGGGUUUCUCCUGCUGCUCAGCCUCCCCGGGAGCCUCUCUCUCCACACGAGCUGCGCGAGUGGUUCGCUCGUCGUUGGAGGCGUGCUGCUGAGUCUGGGGGUGCUGCUGGAGCUGGAGCUGGACCUUCUUCGACUGACGAGGGUGCUGGUGCUGCCGGUCCCGGAGCUGCUGGGCCUGCGGGCCCUCUUGGGGCUGGCGCUGCUGAGGGUGUUGGUGCUGAGACUGCUGCUGUUGGUCCUGCUGCUGGAGGAGUUGGUGGCCCUGGUGCUGUCGCUGAGGGUGCUGGAGCUUCACAGUCCCUGCUGGAGCCUUCCUCUCCGCUACCUGCUCCCUCUCCUUACACUGGUCCUACUGGAGGUCUUGCUGGACGUCGUGAGCCUGCGUCUCGUCCUACGUCGCCUGUUCGUCCUGCUCGCGCUACUGGUCGCGGUUCGCGUCAGCGUCCUCCUCCUGUCCCUGGCACGCACCAGAUGUCUUUGCGUCCGUCCACUGCUCCUCUGCGUGCCCCUUUGCCUUCUCCUCCUGCGUCCUCUCUUCCUGCGCUUGCCGACCCUGCGUCGGACUCUCUGCGUGCUGCCAGUCCUACUGUCACGCGUUUCCUUGCUACUGUGGUCACUGACCCUUCUUUCGAGUCUUCUGCUGCGUCUGCCCUACUCACUGAGCUUGUCGACUUUGCUGCUCGCUGUCGCUUAGACUACGCUGCUAGUCUUGUUGCUGAGUCUGCGUCUGUCUGUCCUCCGUCCGUCGGGGGUGAGUGUGCUCUUGGCACGGACGUCCUAGAGGACAGGCAGGAGGAGUUGCAGUGUCUAGCGGCUGCUUCACCUCAUCUCGCGUCUGUACUGCUUGCCCCUGAGGGAGACCCGGAUGCACUAGACAUCCCGACUCCGCGUUCUUACGCGGAGGCUGUAGAGGGUCCCUACUCCUCUCAGUGGCAGGCAGCUAUGGAUGCAGAGAUGGCUUCCUGGAAGUCCACAGGCACCUACGUUGGCGCAGUUCCCCCUCCUCGGGCGAACAUCGUCAGUGCCAUGUGGAUCUUCAGGGUGAAGCAGCCGCCGGGCUCUCCGCCUGUCUUCAAGGCGCGUUACGUCGCUCGUGGCUUCAGUCAGCGGCAGGGAGUUGACUACUUUCAGACCUUCUCUCCCACUCCGAAGAUGACCACUCUUCGGGUGCUGCUGCACGUUGCCGCUCAGCGCGACUACGAGCUUCACUCUCUCGACUUCAGCAAUGCGUUCCUGCAGGGUAGCCUGCACGAGGAGAUCUGGCUGCGCCGUCCGCCUGGCUUCACUGGGACUUUCCCUCCUGGCACCCAGUGGAGCCUCCGACGGCCAGUCUACGGUCUCCGCCAGGCACCGCGUGAGUGGCACGACACACUGAGGACUACGCUUGCGGCUCUUGGGUUUGCUCCUUCCACUGCUGACCCGUCGCUGUUUCUUCGCACCGACACUUCCUUGCCGCCGUUCUACAUCCUCGUGUACGUAGACGACUUGGUCUUUGCCACAGCGGACACUGCUGGACUCGCCUACGUGAAGUCCGAGCUGCUGAAGAGACACACGUGCACAGACCUGGGUGAACUGCGCAGCUACCUUGGCUUGCAGAUCACUCGGGACAGAGCACGCCGCACCAUUACCCUGACUCAGUCACACAUGGUGCAGCAGGUCCUUCAGCGCUUCGGCUUCACGUACUCCUCGCCUCAGGCCACUCCUCUGCCUACUCGCCACUCGCUCUCAGCUCUGCCUUCGGAUGAGUCCGUAGAGUCGAGUGGCCCGUAUGCAGAGCUUGUUGGCUGCCUCAUGUACCUGAUGACCUGCACACGACCUGACCUUGCAUACCCUCUGAGCAUCCUUGCACGCUAUGUUGCUCCUCGGAGACACCGACCUGAGCACAUGGCUGCAGCGAAGAGGGUAUUGCGCUACCUGUGCAGUACGUCGGGCAUGGGGCUAGUGCUUGGAGGGCGGAGUCCAGUGGUCCUUACGGGCCACGCGGACGCUUCUUGGGCUGACGACCAGGCUACGCAGCGGUCGUCACAGGGUUACACCUUCAGCCUUGGUUCCGGCUCUGUCUCGUGGCGGUCUACUCGCUCGUCUUCGGUUCUCGGCUCCAGUUGUGAGGCUGAGAUCUACGCCGGGGCCAUGGCUGCGCAGGAGCUUCGCUGGCUCACCUACCUGCUGACUGACCUUGGAGAGCCGCCUCGUUCUCCUCCAGUGCUGUACGUAGACAACAAGGCCAUGCUGGCCUUGUGUCGAGAGCAGCGUCUGGAGCACAGAACGAAGCACAUUGCUCUCCGCUACUUCCUUGCUCGUGAGCUGCAGCAGCGUGGUCAGCUGCGACUUGCGUACGUGGCCUCUGAGGCCAACACUGCUGAUGUGUUCACCAAGGCACUCGCGCCUUGUGACCAUCAGCGCUUCUGUACCCAGCUGGGUCUUGUGCCUGUCUUGCCUCACUUGCUCUCUUCCUGA